GAACGAGCAGAAGCCGCCGUGCACAUUCUGACCUGGACAAGGACAAGCAAGCGCAGAGGCAGAGCAGCUCGAUAACCUCGAUCCGAUCCAUCUCGUCUCUUCCGCGUUGCUUGCUUGCUUGCUUUAGAUGUGCUGACUGCUGUUGGGGUAGGGCAGGGGGAGAGGAGAGGAGGAGGAGGAGGAGCUCGUAGCGGAAUCAGAUCAGAUGGUGCGUCGCCAGAGCAGAGAAGGCCGGGGCCUGGGCUGGCCUGCGUGCUGCCUCGGCUUCCUGCUCAAGCUGCUCGCGUUCCUCCAGGCCUUCGCCGCCGUCUCCGCCCUCAUCUACGCCGCUUGGAUCCUCUCCCGCUGGGCGCGCCACCACCAGCUCCACCUCCGCGACCUUCUAAGCCCGGACCUAUGGUUCCCGUCGCUCGUCAUGGCGGCGGGGAUCUUCUACUGCCUCCUGCUCCUCGCGGGUUACUUGGCAGCUGAGAUCAACACCGGAUGCUGCCUCUGCUUCUACACCAUCCCAGCCAUGGCUAUGAUGCUGCUGGAAGCUGCUCUCGCCGCCCAUCUGGCGCUCAACCAGCACUGGAUCCAGGAACUGCCAGAGGACCGCACCGGCGAGCUCCACAACUUACUCUCCUUUAUCCACAAUAACCUCGACCUAUGCAAAUGGGCUGCUCUUGCCAUCUUCGCCACGCAGGCACUCUCGCUUCUCCUGGCUAUGACUUUACGGGCCAUGCUAUCUGCCCGGACCAUGGACUACGACAGUGAUGAAGACUUUGUGGUUAUACGGAGGCCACUCCUGGUUGCCCAGCCUCCUGCACCUUAGUCCAACUCCAGCAACGCGCUCCGUGUCACACCCGAAUCCGUAAAAUACGCGCCCCGUGGACACUGUUUAGGCUUCGACCAACUCCUGCAAGGGCGCCCUCCGUCUCUGUAUCCUAGGGAGGAGUCCUUGCGUUUGCGGAGCCGGUUCACUACUUUGCAACAUGCAUGUAGCAACGAAUUUGAGGACUCCCAAUGUAAUGGGUUAUCCUAUCAGAUCAAAUUAGAAGAAUGAAUAUAUGAUGCUCAUCCUCGUCU